AUGUCCAAUCAAGCGGCGACGCCACGAUCUGCAUCCCUUUCGGCUGCGUCGCUGCUGCCUGAUUGGCCGCAAGCGCCCUCACCAACGUACGCGCUAGCGCCUAUCCGAACCUCGAGUGCGCGAGCCAGCUCGGUACGAUCCGCUUCAUCUUCGCCAAGGUCGUUGACCCACGAGCGAUCUGCGCCUUACCCUUCUUCGAGACCCGCGCGCACGGAGAUGCUCGACGUGCAACAUCCUCAUCAUCCGCAGCAAGCCGCAAGAAUGCACGACUCCGAACUGUACCGCACGCGCCAGGCGCUGCAGUCGCACCUGGGAGUGCGACAGUCGUCGUCUUCGCGAAGUGCGCCAGCGCAGCAGCCGCGUUCGGCCGAGUACGCGCAGACGUCGAGCACAUCGUCCAACUCGCCGUCGUCGAACAAGGAGGCGCAGCACAAGGUGUACUUGCUCAACUGCAAGCACUGCGGCAACUUCCUGAGCGACCGAGGCAUGAAGGCGGUGCUGCUGCUCAAGCCCAACAUCACGCUGUACAGCACCGACAUUGUGCCGUCGACGUGCGGACCUUUUACUGCCGCUUCUGCGUUCCACGGCGGUGCGGAUCCCAACGAGCCACCGGUGGAGCGCACGUGCGAGUGUCUGACGCAGAGCCUGGGCUGCUACGGCUGUGGUGCGCAGGUGGGGUACAACAUCAUCUCGCCGUGCACGCGUUGCACGAGCAGUGUGAUGAAGCACUCGAGGAGCUCCAACGGCCACCGCACGGUUCUGCACUGUUCCGAGAUUGCGGUGCGAGAGCGUCGCUACAUUCCUGGCGAGCCUGGAGUGCGCGCCCAGCCUCCUCGCGUCAUCCAGACCGUCGCCGCACACAGCCCGAUGCAGAUGUACGCCGAGAGCAGGUACGAUGCAGCGGCUGCGGAUCUGUUUCGCCACAGCAAUGCUUCUCGCCGCGAUGUGUAUCGCAUGAACGUACCCUCGUUUGACGACGACGAUCUCGAGGCUGAAAAGGCCGAAGCCAACGCGGCUCUCGUCCACCAGCAGUACUACCAGCAGCGCGAAUACCGUCAAGCUGGCCACCACGGUCGGGCACACCAGCAUCCUGGCUCUGCCGGUAGCCAGCGAUCCUCGGCACCUUCCGGCUCGGGGCGUGUGCUGCGACGCGGAGACACGCUUUUCUGGAGCGAUUUGGUCGCAGGCGGCGAGCGUGCCCAGCCAUUCGACCCUGACCCGAUCCUCGAAAGGCCCACAGUGGGCAGGUGA